GCAGCCUCUGGAUCAGAGGGACAGGCUGCUCCUGCAGGAAGGUGGAAAGAGGGCAGUCCUGGCUUCUUACUAUGUCCCUUGCUUCAGGCCCUGGUCCCGUAUGGUUACUCUUUUCCUUUGGAAUGGGGCUGGUCUGGGGAUCAAAGUGUCCAAAUAACUGUCUGUGUCAAGCCCAAGAAGUGAACUGCACAGCGAUGCACCUAACGGAAUACCCCCCUGACAUUCCCCUCAACACCCGGAGGCUGUACCUGAACAGUAACAGUAUCACUAGUUUGCCAGCCAUGCAUCUAGGACUUCUCAGUGACCUUGUUUACUUGGACUGUCACGACAACCGGAUUCGAGAGGUAAUGGAUUAUACUUUCAUCGGGGUCUUCAAACUCAUCUACCUUGACCUCAGCUCCAACAACCUAACCUCCAUUUCCCCAUUCAGUUUCUCGGUGCUCAGCAACCUGGUGCAGCUCAACCUUGCCAACAACCCCCACCUGUCAUCUCUCGACAAGUACACCUUUGCCAACACCAGCUCCUUGAGGUACCUGGACCUCAGAAACACUGGCCUUCAGACCCUGGACCAUGCUGCCUUGCACCACCUUGUGGUACUCCAGACGCUGUACCUGAGUGGAAAUCCCUGGAAGUGUAACUGCUCCUUCAUGGACUUCGCCAUCUACCUAAUAGUGUCCCAUCUGGACCACCCAGAUGAUGAAAAUGCCACAUGCGUGGAGCCCACAGAGCUGGCAGGGUGGCCCAUCACACGAGUGGGGAACCCACUCCGGUACAUGUGCCUCACGCACCUGGACAGCCAAGAUUACAUCUUCCUGCUGCUCAUCGGCUUUUGUAUCUUCGCUGCAGGCACAGUAGCGGCCUGGCUCAUGGGGAUGUGUGCGGUCCUCUACCAAGGCGCCCGCUGUAAGUCCAGCGAGGAUGAGGAGGCCGAGGAGGAGGCCAGGCGCAAAGCAGAAGUCACCAGGUGGAUUUUUCAAAUCAAGGAAAGAUCAGGUCAGGGUGUGUUCCCUCAGCUGAUUUAGCUACCAGCGACCACUACCUGCUGUGACUUCCCCAGCUCCUGGCUCUCCUGCCCUCCCCACAU